AAAAACUAACCGCGUAAACAACCGCGAAGAGAAAGUUACUCUCUAACAGUUGGUAAUAAACGGCGCUGCUGUAACACCUAACCUAUGUUCGGCGUAUAUUUUUGACAGUUUCAUGUGAAACUUGUGAAAAAUGAUUUAUUUAAAGUGUCGCGAUUAACUUCGAUGUGCGUUUUUAUGGCAGAACAGACAAUUUUUAGGUCUCCGUUAUUAGUACGGUACUAAUAAAAAAAUGGCAGUGGCAAGUUGGAUGCUUGGCAAACGUAGUCUACGACCCAAAUAUAGUCGCAGUCAACAAACUAACUUGGAAGACUAUGUCAAAUUGGAUCUUGAAAUAGAUCCACAUGAAAACGCAACUGAAAUUCUUAAAGAACUGACAAAAAACACGACUUUAUCAGAAACUAAACGACUGAAUUAUUUGAAUGCGUUUGUUAAACUCACUUUACAUGUUAAAAGAGAUAUAUCUAUAUUAGGAUUUACUGUAGAAGAUAUAUUAAUAUGUUUACGAAUAUGUGUUGUAAACGAAAUGACUCAAGUGCGAUCGGGUGGUUUUCGUGCCAUCCGACACGUUCUUAACUCAGAAGAAGACGUCGUUCAAUUUAAUAAGCUCCUAUUCCCUUAUUUAAUAGCAAGAUCUUUUGAUUUAUUAUUAAAAAACGACGUCGAACGUAUCGAGGCUAUGAAACUCGUUCGAAAAGUGAUGUUCCUCUCGCCCAAUAAUUUCCAUGUGGCCGUUUCUCGUAGUUUGGUCGCGUUCGCUAAGGGCGGUAUCGAGGAAAAAGAUCGUAUGCUCAGGGCUUGUCUCGCGACUCUCUCAGAAUUAUGUGUUCUUAACCCAGAUGUGUUCAUUGCUUCGGGAGGUGUGGCAGCUAUCACUAGGAAUUUACUUGAAUGUCAAACCCCUAGAAUUGCAGAGUCUUUAUGUGGCGUUUUACUUUUGCUUUUGGAUCGACCAAUUACUAGGAAUUAUGCGGCGGUGGAUUUACAUUGUAUUUGUGCUCCUUAUUGCGAUUUUCAUUAUAGACAUGGAUGGAUGGAUAAAAAUAGGGAUGAACGUGAAUUAAGAUUUAAUUGUAGUCGCUUGGCUCUUCUUUCGUUAUUACGAAGCUGGUCUGGUAUUUUACAUUUAUGCGACCCCUUUGAUAGUAAAGGUUUUAAAGCGAUUGUUGAUGUGCUUUACUUAAAUCAACUCGAAGUUAGGAAAGCCGUAUUGGAUUUACUUUAUGAAUUAUUAGGUCUUCCCCAACCAGAAUGGAGUGAUGAACUAUCUGUUGCUUUAACAGCUGUUGACCCCGCUGAACCGCAGGCGGCUUGGCGAUUAAAUGAAGGGUUUAUUGUCGCUGAGGGUCGAGCGGUUCUUCCUCAUUUAGCUAGAACAACUCCCAGCAUAACCGAUAUGCAUUUAUCAUUGCUUUUGUAUUGUUUCCUGGAGGCUGGACUUUUAGGUGCAUUAGUUGAAGUUAUUAUUACAAGUGAUACAUUUAUUAGUGUUCGAGCAACGGUUUUAUUGGGGGAGCUAAUAAGAUUAAUACAAGUAAUGUUACCUCCAGAAUGUUGUAACUUAAGUCCGGCGCUACCCGAUUUAUUAAAAUACGCGGUUACAAAUAAACCCCAAGCUUUAAGAGCGAUUACGGCUUUACAACAAAGUCAUAAAAUGUUGAGGCGACGUCCGGCGAGUUACAGUUUAUAUUUGGACUUUAUUUUACAAAGUGGGAAUUUUAUUAAAACGUCAAAUAAGAUUGAAUGUGGGAAAAAGUAUAAAGUGGGACAGUUAAAAACUAAGUUAUCUCAAUUUGUUUUAAAAGAAGACGAUUUUAUUCGAGAUUCGUGCGUUUUGGUCAACAAGGAUCCCCACUCGUGGGAUUGGGGUUUAGUUAAAGUAUUAUUAAAAGAUGAAAAGAUCUUCAAGAUUGAUGUGACGGAGACAACCCAUCGGAACUUUUUAAAGCGUCUUAUCGAUUUUUAUAAACCAACGAAUCAUUUGUACUCUCACACCGAUUUAACAAUAGAAAAACGUUAUUAUACUUUAGUUGGAAUUGAAUUAAUUCAGUGUUUAUUACGAUUGGAUGACGAUUAUUGCACAAGAUUAUUACACGAACUUUUUGGAGACAUUUCAAAUAACAUUACAGCUAUAACAAGCAACAAAAGCCCUCAUGAUUGUCUUUUUAGUCCGUUACAUAUGGGCAACACACAAUGUCAAUCGUAUUUUCUAUUUAUUGGAAGGUUAGGAAGCGCUGCAAAAGGAGUUAGGAUAUUGCAAAAUUUAACUAUUUUUGAACAAUUACAGCAGCUAGCAUCAACAACAAAUCACUCAUGUUAUGUUAAAUUGAUAAUAUCCUCAUUAGACUACAAAAGUGAUUCCCCAUCGAAACAAUUACUCUCAAGUGUAUUAAUUUGUCGCAAUGAAAACUCAAGAUUGUACGCGACUCAAUUCCUUUUAAUCUUAUUAAGAGCUGGAGUGCCGGAUUUCGCUUCGUGGGGAAUCGAAUUUCUCGCUAAACAAUUAAAAGACGAAUCUCGCAGCAUUCGAUUGGCCGCUUUAAACGUUUUACACGAAGCAUGCGAAGUGCCUCAGUGUUUAGAUAGUUUGGCGAACAUAAAUCCGGAUUUGUUAGGUGCAAUGGGUGAAAAAGGAUUGUUUCUUUUGAUUCGAUUCUUAUCAACGACGGCCGGAUUUCACUUGUUAGAAAUGAACGGAUUUGUUUAUAAGGAAAUAACAAGAUGGAAUGAAACGUUUAAUUAUCGUUAUGUACGUUUGGUCGAAACUGAAACUUCAGAUGCUUUAACAUUAAAUCAACGCGGUGAAGAUGGGCGUUAUGAUAAAAGGACUAGUUCUAAUAAGCAAACGAUGAAAAAAGAUGUUUUUUUACCACCACACCUUUACGGGCAGUUAAGUUCACAUAAAGAAGGAUUUAGGAUACUUUUAGAAAAUAUCCCUUUUGAUCACAUGACUCAGGCUUUAGAGGUCGGUAAAUGUGAUACUGAGGAUGAUAUUUUAACGUUAAAAGCGUAUUUAUGGGCUUUAAGUCACUUGGGUAGCUCGAAAUUGGGGGCGGAGGCUUUGAAUGCAAAGAAUGCAAUCACAUAUAUUGUACACUUGGCGGAAAAAUGUGAAGUUUAUUCGAUAAAGGCGACUGCUUUUUAUUGUUUAGGAUUAAUUGCAACAACAAAGUUUGGGGCGGAUUGUUUAUUUAAAUUAAGAUGGGUUUCGAGUAGACACGAUCGGCAUGAUCGUUGGCCUGUUAUUGAAGAUGAAAAUUGGGAGGAUGAAAAUAUUAAAUUACCAUCUUAUGAUAUUGCUUAUCGAUCGGAUUCGGAAAGAUCAAGUGAUAGAUUGUUUCCAUUUGCUGAAGAAACAACUACAGAUACAAGUAUUACAACUGAUGAUGAAAUCUUAUUUAUGGGUGAUGCAGAAUUAACUUCGGACCAAAAACGUUCCCAAACAUUACCAAACAACCAAUCUUACACUCAUUUUCACGUGCGAUCUUUAUCCGAGUCAAGAACUUAUGAUGCUAUAACUGGUGUUGAUCAUAAAUAUUCGUUUUCAAAACGAGUGGGCGGGGGCGAUGUGAAACGAAGGGAAUUAUCGGGAACGGAGUCGACCUCAGGGGUUGGCUCAAGUGAAUCCGUUGUAGGAAAAAAUAUUAGAAAUGAUCGCACUCAAACUUUAAGCCCGAUUCCAAGCUCAUCUAGUCUGCUUACUUUGAAAACGGAGAGAAAUCGGAGAUAUUCCGAGUCUUCAAAACAACAAUCCAUAUUAAGUAUUACCCCAUCGGAUAAAUCGACGGUUUCACCGCCAAGUAGUAGUUGUGGCAAGCCGAGUUAUCAAGAUUUAAAAGGUUAUCGAGAACUAGCUCGGCUCAAAUAUCAAGAUGAACAUUCCGAUUUUCUUCGACAUUUUCAAUACCGUUUUAGCACGUUACGAAGUGACAAAACAAGCGGAGGGGGAGGUUCGUCAUAUUCGACGAGUACAACUUACGAUGAAUAUAUGGAAAUUUUCGGUGGAGAUAAAAGAUCGACCGAAUUAUAUCGACGACCCGUGCGUCACGAUGAAAAACAUUCGUCUCGAAGAAAACGGUGUUAUAUGGGAAUUUGUCUUCCAUUGGAAUUGGGGAAUUUAUUUCCAGAGAGUAGAAGUUUAGGUAGAGGGUUGGUUCGAAGUGGUUCAGAAAACGGAGCUGAUACAAUGAUUCGAAGAAAAGUUGAUAUAACAAUCCAUAAUAAAAAAUUAUGUUUUAAAUGUUCACAAUUAAGAAAUUUAAAUUUAAGUAGGUCAUCGAGUAUAUUUAAAGCUCAAAACCAAUCCAUGUCAAAAUCGGAAGAUGAAAUCAUCGUCGAUCAAGAAGAAGCAUUAAAAACCGAAAUACUCCUUCAAAUCGAACGUUUAGCAAACCCGUUAUUUACAAAAUCAGCUAAACAAACGUUAUUAUUACAAAAGCAAAAAAAUCCGGAUAUUUUUAAAGAUAUGUGUCUGUAUUCGGACGUUUGCCGAACGGUUUCAGAAAACGUAUACCGUUUAGGACCGAGGCGAAUUAUUCAAGAAUUAUUUUUGGAUGUGGCAUUCGAUUUUACGAAUACCGACGUGGAUGCGAUUUUAGCUAAAGAACGGAAUUAUUACGAUGACGUCGUGGUUGGUGGUUGUUGUUCCUUGGUGGUCUCGGCAACCAAUAAAAAUGUAAUUAAGGGUUUUGAUGUCGUAACGAAACCGACCGCGCUUAAAGAGGCGACGAUCACCGAGUGUUCUACUAAGACUGAAAACGUUCCCGUAACUAUACGAACCUUAGAUAAGCUUAAAUUUACUUAUAAUGAGAAUAAAUUUCCUAUUAAGAAUCGAAAUGAUGAUGAGAAACAAGUUAUUAAAUAAUUAUUAAAAAAAAAUAAGAUGAAAAGGAAAAAAAAUAAUUUUUUAUUUUCUGUUUUUAUUGAUUAUUUUUUUUAAUCCUUUAAUGCACAAAUUUGUCUAAAUGUAUUUAAAAUCGAUUUUAUGCAUGAUUUAAGCAUCAUUGAUUAGUGAAAUUCAAAUAAAACAACCUCCAAAAAUUUACUUAUAAACAAAGAUUUUCUAUGCAAAUCAACUUUUUUUACCUAUAAUUUAUUAAACAAUUUUUUAAAUAGUUAAUGUGCGAUAAAGGAUUAAAAUCGAAUCCACUAAGUGCAAUACAUAAAGAGGUAUGAUUGAUGUUUGUUGUUAAAAGAAAAAUUUUUAAAAUAAUAUUUUAAAUAAAUGUAUGAUGUUGACAAGAAAAUGAAUAAAUAAAAUUAGUUGAUUAGUUCAUUCCAAGAUUAUUUCAUUCUGCUUUUAUAAUUUUAUAAACAUCUUUUAAUGCAUUCGUCAUAUCAUAUUGUUUAUGUUUUGCUGAAACGGUUGUCCCUAUGUAGGGGUAAACAAAAAAAGAAUUUAAAAUUUUGUUGUUAAUUUACACAACCAGUAUAACCAAUGUUCCUAUUUUUGCCGAUUCAACAAAAAACAAUUACUAAUAAUUAAAAAAAGAUUAAAUAAAAACUUAAUGAAGGGUUACACGAGCUAUAUUU